UAAAAGUUAAUGAGCCUCCCUCGCUGUCUGACAAGAGGAAGCAGGUAACCUUGUAGGAGACAGAAAAUCCCCGUGCCAACUUAGGCGUAAAAAAAAUUAAAAAUAAAAUACACAAUGAGUGAUUCAGAACAGCAACAAGAGGAUGAAAAGUUGUCCCAGCUUCAGUGGCCUGAGAAUGGAGAAGAGUGGAGUGAUGGAGAGGAUGGGACCAAUAUGGACUGUGGGCUUCUGCAGGCCAUGGCUGAGGAAGAUGAGGAGAUAAACGUCCACAAUGACGAGACGUUUGGACUGGAUCUAGAUGCUCACAGGACCCCAGAGGACCCCAGCAGCAAUGUGCUUCAGUUUGAAGAGCCGCCGCCGCCGCCGCCGCCGCCGCCUCCACCAGUACCCAAACCCUCAUCCUGCCACAGCUCCCCCUCCCCUCCGAGACAGAGGCCGCAGUAUGUGCCCUGGGCUCCCCCAGGGCUGCGUAGCAGAGGGAGUGGACAGAGAGGCGGGCUGGGUAGGGGCCAGAUGUUUGAAGACCCAGCUGUGAUGAGUUUAGUGGAGGGGCGACUAAGCAUCAAGACUCUGGACAGUGCCAUAGUGGACCUUGGGAAUACGCUGUACCAGAAGACCUUUGAGGAUGAUUAUACGUCACCCUCUUCCAGAAAGACUAGAAGAAUCUCAGAAUCAAUACUUCAGGAUACUGCUAUAGUGUGUGUGAUUGAUGGUCACAGAGGCAGAGGUCAGCACCUGACCUCCAACUUCAUGGAUGUGCCAUAUCCUGGCUCUCCCUUCAGAAGAGGGGAUCCCAGAGGAUCAUAUUGCAGUAGACAGUUUGACCAAGGAAGCCCCAACCAGAUGCAUGCAUCCAUGGUACAAGGAUCACCCAUCUUCUCACGUCAGCCAUUAACCCCACGGCAACAUUACAAUCAGAUAGGGGGCUUCAUGCCUUGCCCCUCCACUCCUCAGUCUCUGCCUCCAAAGAUGAUGCAACUUCGCUUUGGUGCCAACUCGCCAAGGCCGUCCACCUUUUACAGCCCCUUGUCUAAUCCAGUGCAGCAGUUCAGGCACCCCGGUCCCGUCACCCAGCUCCACCCCCAACAUAAACGACUUCUUAGUCAAAAACAACAUAUAUUCCAAAGAAAAACAGAGGACUGGGAUCCUUACUGUAAUCUCAUGACGGCCAAAGAGAAGGAGUGGAUCACCAGGCUGCAGAUGAUUCAGCUGCAAAGCGAGAAUCCAUACCACGAGGACUACUAUUACCAGGAAUACUAUCGGCGAAUAGAAGCUAAGCUGGCAGAGGAAGAGCUGGGCAUCAGGAGCAAGAGGGAGCCACCCAAGCUCACCACACCUUACAUCACGAAAACCGACACUUACGCACCAGUGGUGCACAUUGAAGGCUCUUUGGGUCAAGUUGCUGUGUCCACAUGUUACUCUCCUCGCCGUGCCAUCAGCGCAGUCAAUGCUGUCCAAGCUCAGGGGCCACUCGAGGAACAAAAAGACAUCAGACAACAGCGAUUAGAGGUCCUCGGCAAAAUAGAAAAGCUGUUCAUGGUUCUGUUAGAGGUCGAGGAGGCGGAGAGGAUGAAAACCACAGUCUUGUCUGAAGCAGAAGAAAGAAGGAUAAUAGAGAAGUCGCAGGCAAAAGUGGAGCACAUCUACUCCCAGCUGCAACAUCACAAUCCCCUAGAUACAGGAGUGGAGUUUCUUCCUUUCCUGCUGGUCUCAAAAGGCAAAAGGCUUCUCGCCCGCUUGCUCCCGUUCCUGAAAAGCGAUACUGCACUGAAAAUCUUGAGCAUUGUGACAUGUAACCUACCUGCGCUGAUGAGCAGAGAUCCAGAAGAGGCCCUUCCAGUGCUUUACCCGCCUCUUCGAAACGUGAUUGGAGGCCUGACGUUCAGUCAGCUGAUUGGCGUUCUCAAAGAUCUGACAUCAUCUGAGUCUCUGACGACAUACGAGUCUCUCACGCUGGCAUGUCAGAACAAGUUUGGACUGUCCUUGCUCUAUGCUCUCCUGUCCCAAGGAGAGAAGCUGCUGUCCUCAGGUGUUCCUCUAGAGCCCAUCAUCGGCGACUUCGAGACCUGGACAGACACAAUAUUCCAGGUGGCGGGACAGCUGUCCCAGUGUUCACUGGUGGAGCCGCUGCUCCUGCCCUCAAACCUGCUUACUCUCUUCUGCCGUUACCUGGACAAGCGCACUGUGCAUCAACUGAAAAGCAACAUGGAGUCUACUACUGGAUUCCUGGCUCUUGCAUCUUAAGGUGGACGUAAACUAAUGAGACAUUCAGCUCAUGACCAGGUCGUGAUGAGCACUAGAGUUAAAGGAGCAGAAGCACAGCGCUGACAGACUCUUCAGUGUUCAUUAACAACGGAAGAAUGAAUGUACAAAAAGCUUUGAUUAUUUUUUCCCCUCAUCCCUUCACAUUUUUGCACACUCAAACUGUUUCCCUUUUUUUAUUUCCUUUUUUAUCUAAUCUUUUUACUUUCCUCCCUUUGGCCUCUAGUAGGUUUCUUCAGUGCAAGUUAUUCUGAAAUCACAAACCUGUUUUGUUUUAACCUUCCCAAGGUGUUGCCAUCUUUUCAUGAGACACCAUAAUAUACUGAGUUGGUAACGUUACAUUAACUAGUAGACGGAGCUGAUUUACUUAUCUUUUGCAUUCAGGACCAGAAACUUGAGAGAUCACUUACGGCGAUGAAGGUGGUGACCAGGUUGAGGAUUGUAUAGUAUUUAAGAUUGUACAGCUGGAACUAUAUGUUCAUUAUUAUAAUAAUAAUAACUAGAAGGAAGUUGUCAUGGCAUGGUCCAUCAAUAAAAACAAUGCAAUUUAUUUUUCUUUUGUAAAAAAGGCAUGCAUUGUGUCAACAUGUGUAGCAAGACUUAAUAUGAUGUAUUUGAUGUCAUUUUUAUUUAUUAUAUUAAUUUGGAAACAGUCAUUUAUAUUGCACCCUUGUAGAGCACUUGCAACACAAAUAAAAUAAAAAAAUCUUUAAAAAUGUG